AUGGCGACUUGUAUAAUUUAUUUCCAGCAAAAAUAACACAAUAUUUUUAAAUACCAGUACAAUUCAACAAUGUUCAUUGUGAUAAACAAAAGGUUUAAGUGAUAUAAUUCACACUAGGUAACAAUAAAUAAGUAACAAUGAAAACAUUCGCCGAUUAUUUUGUAAUCUGCGGAUUGGAUUAUAAUUCUGGAUUAGAAACGGACAAAUUUGGAGAGGACAACCCGCACGUAUCUCCCCUUGAAGCUAGUUACAAAAGUAAGGUCUUGGCACACUAUCCUGAAAAUGUUGAGACAAAUCCCUUCGACUCAUCAGCUGUAUCAAUGCUUUGUUUACCAGGAGGCCUAAGAUUCAGAACCCAAAAACAUUCAGUCACAAAUGCCCCCAAUUUUCACAGCUUUUUGAUCACUCGAGAGGAUGGCAAAAGGUCUUAUGGGUUCUCAUUGGUUUUUUAUGAAGAGGUCAGGAAUAGGGACAUUUGUAUUGCCAUGCAAACUCUUCAGGCAAUGUACGUAACGGAGUUGUCGAGCAAUUUAAAGUCCAGAACGGUGCAAAACAUCCAAAAUCAGGGUCCACAAUCGCGAUCUCUCCCCCGUCACUUCAAACUAAGCACACCGAAUCUCAACGGAACCUCUCUGAUGUACUACGACAUAGCGAAAGACAAACUGUUCGUGUCCAAGGCGAUCGGGAUCAUUUGCCAGAAAGCAUACGUGAACGCCGCCAAAAUAUUCCUCGAGAACUUAUACAGAAUCGUACCCAAGAAAGUAAUCACCAACUUUGAGUCGAUGAGUCUGGAGUCGUACGUAUACAAUUUAUUGUACGAAGUCGAGUUACCUGCGCCGGGGAAAAGCAUACUCAUCCACCUACCACCGAGUGACCCACAUUUUCCACCGUACACAGCGGUACUACAAAACCCGACCGAAAUGAUCGAGCUACCCCACAUGGAUUUUUCUCUAAGAUUGAUGUUUACUUGGUUGGGUGUCGAUAUAGUUUUGCAGCUGUUCACUUGCCUGCUGUUGGAGAAUCAAGUUCUGUUGCGCAGUACCGACUGCGAACGUCUCAUGGUCGUGGCCGAAGGUAUCACCAGUUUGUUGUUUCCGUUCGUCUGGCCCCACGUAUACGUGCCAAUCUUGCCUGCCAAUCUGCACCACUUUCUGGACGCCCCUGUUCCUUUUGUGAUGGGUCUGUAUGCGAACAGCGAGAGCAUCAAGGUCGCAUCCGAAGCUAGUUUGUGUUUCAUCGAUAUUGACAAGUGCAAGGUACAAUUGCCCGAGGAAAUGGUGACCUUUCCACACUUGGAGGCGUUUAAGUCGGAGCUGUGGUCUACUUUGGACAAGCAUGGCGUACACAUUCCGAACUCGGAGUGUUACAGAAAUAAUCAGGAUACUCAAGGAAGGAGCAGUACGUUGCCGGUAAGGCCGCAGAACAGGCGUAAACUUUCGAUACAUGACACUUUGGAUAUUGAACGACCACCUAGCCCUCCAGGUUCGGCCAGAACUGAGGCUUUGCAACGAAUAGCUGAUAUAGUCAGAAGAACUGGCGUAGCAUUAGACCAAAAGGAAGUCGCCCAACCAACUGAUUCCUACAUGGAAGAUCUGAAAUUUAACAAUUCAAUACGCGAAAUAUUUUUGAAUAGAUUCGUUCAUAUAUUCCAAUCUUAUGAAAACUUUGUGAUUUUUCCCAAUCAGGACAAAGAAGACUGGUUUAAUAAUAGAGAUUCAAUGCAAAAUUUCGACAAAGCCUCCUUCCUCUCGGACCAACCAGAACACGACCGACUAUUCUUGUGGCGUUUCAUCGAGUCCCAGAUGUUCGCCACACUGAUCGAUAACAAAAUUCUUUCUAAUUGGGGUGAAGUCGACCACAAUUUGAAGAUUUUUGACAACAGGAUAAAACUACUCAAACAACGUUAUGGUGGUGAAAAUCUCCUGCGUAGUCUAUCCUACGAACCUUGUACCUUUUCAAUUGAAACGCAGAAGAUGAUUGAAAGACGAGUCUGUCACCCAGAUUUCGAGAGCCCACCACCAAGGGAGAUACUCAACAUAAGACCGACAUUUUCAAGACAUUUUCCCCUGUUGGACAAAGAAGCGUUGAACAAAACUUCAAUCGUUAACAAAGGAUCAAUACCUAGAGCGCACGCUUACAAAAAAGCACUACCCUUUAGCCACAAGCAACAAAGCACCUCAACCGUCGUUGAAAAAGCCAAAGUGGCUGAAGACAUGUCUCCAGCCCUCAUUGCCCAGGCUAAUUGGAAGUUCGUUGAAAAACUACUAAAAGACUGUAAAACAAAGACAAAAAGAAUGCUGCUGGCCAAACUGAACGCCGAAGGUGUGACGUUGUCCAGCAACAGUUCGAACGAUAAUUCUCUUGCCGUUGAAGAAAAUACUCUAGUCGCGUCGCUGUGCGAUUUCCUGGAAAGGGUCUGGUCGCACGGCCUUCAGAAGAAACUCGGAAAAUCCGCCUUGUGGUCGCACCUGUUGGCCUACCUCGAAAAGUACCAGCAUAUGGCCAAGUUUGAACAAAAACUUAUCUCAAAUGGUACGUUGUAUUUCAUCUGGUUUAUCUCUUGGUAACUAUUUGUUUCAGAUAUGGCUAAACUGAAUUUAAGCACUGAGAAUUGGGGCUCACUAGACAAUAAGAAUCAAAGAACUGACUUGCCUCCAUUGCCCAACUCCUUAAUUUCAGAUAUAAGUAACGUUCAGGCGAUGUGUGACGUAAAAACAGGCAUAGGCAUGGCCAGGGCAUGGGUACGCUUGGCCUUAGAAAAGAAGCAGCUCUCCAAACACUUGAGAACAAUCCUGUCAGAUCAGACAUUACUCAGGAAUUUAUACAAGCGGUCAGCCUUCUUGCGAAGUGAGGAGGAGCGUGAACAGUUCUUAUACCAUCUCCUAUCUCUCAAUGCUGUCGAUUAUUUCUGUUUUACUAGUACAUAUCCUACAACAAUUAUUCCAUAUAGAAUAGUGAUAGUACCAACUAAACGAGGCACCACAAGUUCAGCGAACGUUUGGAUUGUACUCAGCGGUACUUUGUCCGAAACCAGAAAAGUUCAAGUGCCAAAAUCGACUCUUAGUUUCGAGUACAAGCACGUAAACAUUGGCGUAUUGACAACGUUAAGAAUUGGACAUGACAACACUGGUCUCUAUGCUAAGUGGCAAAUCGAAUAUGUUUUAGUACGUAACGACAUCACCGGACAAAUCUACAAGUUCCCUUGUGGUAGAUGGUUGGGUAGAGGUGUGGACGACGACAGUACCGAAAGAUUGUUGGUGGGUAGUAUAUCGACAAAAAAGGAGGAGAUCCAAGAGCAGGUGGUUUCGUCCGGCAGCUGGGGACGAAACUUGGGUAGAAGUUCGCCCAGAAGCAGAUCGCCGGGUCCACCGCCCCGACAGGAGUUGAAGCCAUCGCAAAUCCAGCACAUGCUAGGUGACUGCGUGAACAAUAUUGUAAAGUGGCACUACAGAAGGAAUUCGGAGAAGCACACCACUUUGACCGUUCUCUUGUGCAGCGAAAACGGCUUGGUACAUUGUUUGGAGAACGUUUUUCUUUUGGGCUUCAAAUCUGCCAGGCUCUUCGUCGGGAAACAUUAUCUUUGGGAUUACUUUGUUAAAGUAAAGGAGUCCUUUGAGUUGGAGCUGAUGGAACAGUACAACGGAAGCAGAACAUCUAGCCUGGACAGAAACCACCAGGAGACUGUGGCAGUUUGGAGGUGUUACUGCCAUUUGGUUGAAGAGAUGACCAACACCAGCAAAAACUUGGGGAAAGACGGAAAGUUUCAAUUGUUCAUUUGCUUGAGUGUUAGAGAGCACCUGUUACACAGGAUGUUGGUGCCAAUGUCAUUAUGCAGGGUGACUCAGGAAAUGUAUGAAGAAAAUUCGUUCUUAAGAAACAGAGGCUUGUUGACGUUUUUAAGACAGAUAUUGUUACCUCUGGAUGAAUUGGAUGUCGUACUGGAAAAUUCGGUGACCCAUGGUAUAAAAUCGCCGUCGACAAUGACGAAUUAAGAAAUCUCGAUGUUUUAUGUGGAUUGUUGUUCAGAUGCCAAAUUUUAUGGAUUCUAUUUUUCAGUAUAGAUGUUAAGGAACGUAUCAAAUUUCCGAAGUUUGUUUGUAGAGGUCUGGAUCGCAUCGUUUUAGGAUUAUCUUUAAGAAUAUAUAAAAGACAAAGUUUUCCCUUAUAAGAAGAUACAAUAUAUAUUUAUAACAUGUUUAUAGUUUAUUGAUCACUGAUUGUGAUUGUUCUAAAUGUGAUAUUUUUAUGUUUUAUGAUCUUCUGAACAAAAGUCGAUAGUUUAGAUUUUAUUCUAUUUUUACUAAAAUUUACCUCAGGAAUUAAAUCUACUCUUCAGACAUUCUCUAUGCAAAUUAUUACUGUGUCAAAAACAGUGGUUAAUAAAUUAUAAACUUCAUAAAUGUGAUGCCUAGAUUAUAUAUAAGAAGUUUGCAUGA